AUGGCACAAGUCGACCUCACCACCAUCCCCAUCUCGCCCGAAGGCGGCAACGUCGCCGCCGAUGCUGCCGACUCCAAGAUCGACGACAUCACCGUCUUCCACGACAAGGAGAACUUUACCGUCAAGCACCCGCUCAUGCACAGAUGGACCCUUUGGUUCACCAAGCCCGCAAGCGGGAAGGGCGACAACUGGAACGACCUGCUGAAAGAAGUUAUCACCUUCAACUCGGUUGAGGAGUUCUGGGGUAUCUAUAACAAUAUUGCCUCGGUCUCGGAGCUGGCCCUCAAGUCCGACUACCACCUGUUCAAGGAGAACGUCCGCCCCGAGUGGGAGGAUGCCCAGAACAAGCACGGCGGCAAGUGGUCCUACUCCUUCCGCGACAAGCGCAACGUCGACAUUGACGAGAUGUGGCUGCACACCAUGCUCGCCGCCAUUGGCGAGACCCUCGAGGGCGAGGACGACGACGAGGUCAUGGGUGUCGUCGUCAACGUCCGCAAGGCCUUCUUCCGCAUCGGCGUCUGGACCCGCACCAUUGGCAAAUCGAUCCCCGGCCGUGGUGACGGCGACACCGCCGGCGGCAAGGGUCGCUCCCCCGAGAAGGCCCGCGACAUCCUCAUGGCGAUCGGUCACCGCUUCAAGGAUGUCCUCAAGCUGCCUGCCAACGAGCAGCUCGAGUUCUCUGGCCACCUCGACGCACAACACAGCGGCAGCACACGAGCCAAAGCCAAGAUGGUGGUCUAA